AUGCCCGCCAACGGCGAAACCAAAACCAACGGCACCGCCAACGGCAGCAGCAAUAGCAAUGAAGGAAAGUCGCUCUUUGAGCGCAUCGAGGAAGCGCCUUCCAUCCCCAAGGAGGCUGCGCGCAAGAUUGCGCAGUUGGAGCGGGAGUUUGUUCGUGCGGAGGUUGAGCAGAUGCGCAAAACGAUCCCCCUGAUGCGCCCCCUCUAUGAAAAGCGCAACGCCCUCAUCAAAUCCAAGGAAUUGCAGGACGCUGAUUUCUGGCCCCGCGUCUUCGCCAACGCCCCCGCUGAGAUCGACGAGUACAUCCUGCCUUCUGACGCCGCUGUCCUGGGCCAGUGCCUCAAGAACCUGACCGUCGAGCGCUUCGAGCUCGACGAGAACGGCAAUGGCGAGCCGCGCAGCGUGCGCCUCAUCUUUGACUUCGCCACCGGCGAUGACGAGAACCCCUACUUCGAGAACGCCCAGCUUGUCAAGGACUUCUACUGGCGCAAGCAGGUCACCAAGACUGCCAAGGGCAAGCGCCGCACCUGGGAGGGCUACGUCUCCAACCCCGUCCGUAUCAACUGGAAGGAGGGCCAGGACCUCACCAAGGGCUUGCUCGACGCCGCCUGCGACCUCUACGAGGCCGAGCAGAAAGACAAGUCCGUCGACCGGACCAAGCUCCCCGAGUACGAGACCCUGGUCAAGAAGAUCCAAGAGGCCGAGGCCGAGGCCAUGACCGGUGAUGAGGACGAGGAGGCCGACGACGACGACCCCAAGGCUUCGCGCAGCCCUGCCGGCAUGAGCUUCUUCGCCUUCUUCGGCUACCGCGGACGCGACGUCACCGCAGAGCAAUCCAAGGAGGCAGAGAAGGAGGAGGAGGAGCGAUUCGCCAAGAUCGAGAAGGGCGAAGAGGUCGAGGAAGACGCCGAUGACGACGACGAGGACGACGAGGAGGAGGAGGACAGCCUGGAAGCUGCAGAGCUCUUCCCAGACGGCGAGGAGUUGGCGACCGCCAUUGCAGAGGACCUCUGGCCUGGUGCCCUCAAAUACUAUGUCCAAUCAUACGAGGUCCCUGACGAUGAAUUCGACUCCGACGCCGACGUCGAGGAACUGGAGGGUCUGGAGGACGACGAAGAGGAUGAGGAGGGUGACGAAAAGGAAGAAGAGGAGGCCGAGGAGCGGCCUCGCAAGAAGGUCAAGACCUGA